AUGGCAGAGCUGGUUAGACCGGCUGAUAUGGACAAUUCGGACAAUGGACGCACGCGGAGACCUCUGCCGGAGACGUAUGCGGCCUUGGCUUCUUCACUCUCGUCGUUUCUCGCAGUCAGCAUACACCAGAUACUGUACCUGCGCUCCAUAUACCCGCAGCCGACUUUCCUGUCUGUUCGGCAGUUCAACCAUCCAGUUCGCCAGUCACGUCACCCAAAGGUCUGCAGCUGGGUCACUGACGCUUGUGCUGCCGUCGAGUCCCAGUUGCUCAAAUCUACCGUUGCUGCGGUGGCAGUCGUUAUUCUAUCAGUGUCAACGAACCGGCCGAUGGAAAAGUAUACAUUUGACCUAGCACAGAUGCCACAGGUUCCUCCUGCAGAUAUACACACUCCGUUUGAGAGCUCUAGGCAGCAGCGUCUACAGGGAGGUGCAGGUAUAGCUCCUCCGCCACCGCAGGCUGAUCUAGAAGCGCAGUUCCGCACAGUUCUCACUCGGCUUACCUCUUCCUGUGCGAGGCUAGCCUCGUUGCCUCCGGACGAUGAGUAUAUACCAACUUUACACAUCGUUCUACGGCCAGACGCCGAUGCACCGGCUGGAAUGAACAGGGACGACCAACUCUGGAUAGCCGCGGAGCCAGAGUCGUUUGAUAGGCUGAACAGCCAGGAUACCAGUGAUGGGCAGAAAUCACAUCAUGGCAAGACAGUACCGGUCCGCUCCAUCGACGCGGGAGAAAUGAAGCUCGAGGUCUGGAUUGAAGAGGCCAAAAGCAAAUUCGAUGCAUUAAAUGGCAUUAACAGGCCAGCGACUUGA